UACUUAAAUAUACAUAAAAUAAUGCGUAUAAAUCGUUGAAAAAGGGGUAUUGAUUAACAUUUAAUGGGACAAUUGAUGUUGUGGUUUUAAAACGUGAUAUGCAUAAUUGGGCUGAGCGGGAUGACGAUGAUAAGACGGAUGACAGAGUAACAAGGAAACGACUCCUUAAAAGUCAAAAGAACCGAAAGGACAAAAAUCAGCUAAAGUAUAUUCAGCAGUGGGUGACCUUCCUUUUGAGUUCCAGCAGGCGGAGAAAAGAAUCCGCAACAGAUAAGAGACCAGACAGAUGGACUCGGAUGGUGGACAACGCGAUGCUUCAAGGUCAAUCCGGGGUGGAAACUGUUUCGCCUGUGCCCACAGCUGGACGCCCAGAAGGGGAUACAAACAGACCUCUGCUGGACAUAAGUGUCAAUGGACAAUGUUAUCAGUUCGUGAUUGACACUGGUGCCACCCACUCAUUUCUGAAUGCAAACGUGCCAAAGAAACUGUGUGCUUCCCUUCUGAAGGUCAAAGGCUUCGCUGAGGUCACAAGAAGGUUACCUGUCACCAAACCGCUUCCGGUUCAAAUUGCUGGACACACACUGAAGCACCCCUUCGUGGUCGACCUGAACACACCGUGCCUGCUUGGUAAUGACCUGCUUUACAAACUGUGCCCUGACAUUCAAUAUCGCACAGAAGGGACCUUCCUGGUGUUACCUGACGGUACAACCACCAAGCUGCGGCACCACUAUCAAGGCACCUCCAUGAGCAUGGGCUCAUACCACAGCCUGGAGCACCAAACAUGGCUGGGGCCUACUGAGUACCCCAACUCCUGCUGCAACUGUUCUAUCAGUGAAAACCCUGGCUGACUGAGCUGUUUCCGUGUGCACCACCACCCGA